UCCUCAAAAAAGCAGAAAGCCUCCGACACCUACCGGAAACCAACUCCACAGGCCUUGUGGGAAAUGUAGUGUCAGAUGAAUAGCCUGCACCGCAGGGGAGCCUGGGAACUCCGGGCGGGUAGUUACUUCCGCACACGCGCAGUGGGGCGGUAGUCGGUAUUCCGUAAUUUUCCAACCAGCGUCUCAUGAAGUGAGAGUGGGUUUCUCCCAGAUGUAGGAGAGCUCUGUAACCUGAUAAACAGCUUAGAGCCGGAGCUGGGAGCGUGAUGGUGCGAGGCUGGCAGAUCUCUGUGCAAGUGCUGCAGAAAUGAUCAACUUCAAGGGAUCAGUGACACUCCAGGAUGUGGCUGUGGAAUUCACCCCAGAGGAGUGGCAGCUUCUUGACUGUGAUCAGAGAACCUUGUAUUGGGAUGUGAUGUUGGAGAACUUUAGAAACCUCAUCUCAGUGGGGUGUCCAGACACCAAGACAAAAGUGAUCUUCAAGGUGGAGCAAGGACAGGAGCCAUGGAUGGUGGAGGGAGAGAACCCACGUUGGCGCACUCCCGAAGCUGACUGCCCAGGCAAGCACCAGGAAAGCAAAGACAAUGUUUUGAACUCAGUUUUGUUCACAUUCUGUAAAAUUCUGACUGUGGAGAGACUCCAUGGUUAUAAUAUGAGCACAGGUCUUAAUCCUACAAGAAAAAAAUCAUAUAAAUGUAAGUCAUAUGGAAAGAGUUUGCAGCCUACUUUAGACUUACUUAAUUAUAACAGAUGUUAUACUAGAGAAAACACUUACAAAUGCAAUGAAUGUGGGAAAGCCUUCAAAAAGAAGUUUCAUUUUAUUAGACAUGAAAAAAAUCAUGCAAGAAAAAAACCCUUUGAAUGCAACGACUGUGGAAAAGCCUAUAGCAGGAAGGCACACCUUGCAACUCAUCAGAAAAUCCAUAAUGGAGAUAGACCCUUUGUGUGCACUGAUUGUGGGAAAGCGUUCAUGCAUAAAGCACAACUGGUGGUCCACCAGAGACUCCACACAGGAGAGAAGCCUUACGAAUGCGGUCAGUGCGGGAAAUCAUUCACUUGGAACUCUUCCUUUACGCAACAUGUGAAAUCUCAUACCCUUGAGAACUCCUUUGAAUGUAAGGAGUGUGGGAAAACCUUUAGGUAUAGUUCGUCCCUUUAUAAACAUUCUAGGUUUCAUACAGGAGAGAAACCCUACCGAUGUAUCAUAUGCGGUAAAGCCUUUGGCAACACAUCUGUGCUUGUUACGCAUCAAAGAAUUCAUACAGGAGAGAAACCUUAUGGGUGUAUUGAAUGUGGCAAAGCCUUCAUCAAGAAGUCUCAUCUCCUUAGACAUCAGAUAACUCAUACAGGGGAAAAGCCGUAUGAAUGUAGCAAAUGUGGGAAAGCAUUUUCCCAGAAGUCAAAUCUCAUUGUACAUCAGAAAAUUCAUACAUAAUGUUCACUUAAAAGUAUGAGAAAACCUUAAAUAUUUUAUAAACCUUAUUAAGUAGAGAAUUCAUGGUGAGGAGAAAUCCACCAAUUUGAAUGAAUUGGAAGAAUAGAUUCCCAUUAAAAAAUUUUUGAUGCCAAUCAUGUUCUGAAAAUGAUAAUAAAGUUUUUAGUGAAAAGAUCACAGAAAACAUUAAUUUAUAGAUGAUAGCCCGUAGAGCUUGGAAAGUAAGCAUAAAUUAAACAAUCAAGGAAUCAAUGAAAACUACAUUUACCAUCUCUGAUUUUUUAUUUUUGUAAUACAUUAUACACUUAUGCAAGUGUGAGUAUGAAAUAUGCUUAUAUAUUACGUUGAAUCAUAUCUAUUAAGAGUUUCUGCAGUAACUUUUUUUUUUCUUCCAUCCUAACAACAUGCAAGUGAAAAAAUGUGGUUUAAUUUGUAGUAUGAGUUUCAGUAAUAUUUUCAUCCAUUUGCUGGCACUUUGAAUGGGUAUGGCAGUGUUGCUGAAUCUCAGAGUCUCCUCUUUAGUUCUAAAACUUGUUAUAAAGGUGUUUUCCUAUGUAUGUAAGCAUGAAAGCAAAAAAUUUAACAAGAUACCGAUUGAGAGGGGGAAAGCGGUUGUAUUCCAUAUUACAGUAAGUAUUCAGUUGCGGAAAAGAAGUAUUUAAGUAUGUAAAUAAAACAUUUGCACUUCAA